AAAGAGAGAGAGAGCGGCGAGCAAAGGGGACGGAAGGGAGGGGAGAGAGCGAGAGAGCGAGAGAGCGAGAGAGAGAAAAGAGGGGGAGCACAUGUGUAUGCUUGUCACUAAGGGGCUGGGAGAAGGACUAAGGGAAGCGAGGUAGCUGGCCACAGCCGCCAUAUGCUGACUGGAUUCCUGUUCAUGUCUGCUGUGUGAAGACUGUAGGUUUCUGCUGUGUGCUGGCCGGCUGGGGAACACACCAUGGGAAGCUCACAUCUCCUCAACAAAGGCAUGCCUCUAGGUAUCAGGCCUCCCAUCAUGAACGGGCCCAUGCACCCGCGCCCCCUGGUGGCCCUGCUGGACGGGCGUGACUGCACUGUGGAGAUGCCCAUCCUCAAAGACGUAGCAACUGUGGCCUUCUGCGACGCUCAGUCCACACAGGAGAUUCACGAGAAGGUGCUGAAUGAAGCUGUAGGAGCUCUGAUGUACCACACCAUCACGCUGAUGAGAGAAGACCUGGAGAAGUUCAAAGGUCUGCGUAUUAUCGUCCGCAUCGGCAGCGGCUACGACAACAUCGACAUCAAAUCUGCCGGGGAGCUGGGCAUCGCUGUAUGUAAUAUGCCGGCAGCCUCGGUGGAGGAGACGGCCGACUCCACGCUGUGCCACAUCCUCACAUUGUACCGACGCACCACCUGGCUGCAUCAGGCUCUGCGGGAGGGCACGCGGGUUCAGAGCGUGGAGCAGAUCCGGGAGGUGGCCUCAGGUGCAGCGAGGAUCAGAGGAGAGACGCUGGGACUCAUAGGACUCGGUCGAGUGGGCCAGGCUGUAGCGCUGAGGGCGAAGGCUUUUGGCUUCAAUGUGAUUUUCUAUGACCCUUAUCUGGCCGACGGAGUAGAAAGAUCCCUGGGACUACAAAGGGUCACCACACUACAGGACCUGCUCUUCCACUCGGACUGUGUGUCUCUGCACUGCAGCCUGAACGAACACAACCACCACCUGAUCAACGACUUCACCAUCAAACAGAUGCGUCAGGGGGCGUUCCUGGUAAACACAGCCAGGGGGGGUCUGGUGGAUGAGAAGGCCCUGGCUCAGGCUCUGAAGGAGGGGAGGAUACGUGGAGCGGCUCUGGAUGUUCACGAGACAGAGCCUUUCAGUUUCAGUCAGGGUCCACUGAAGGACGCCCCCAAUCUGAUCUGCACUCCACACGCUGCCUGGUACAGUGAACAGGCAUCAUUGGAAAUGAGAGAGGAGGCAGCCAGGGAGGUCCGAAGGGCUAUCACAGGUCGUAUUCCAGACAGUCUGAAGAACUGUGUGAAUAAGGAGUUCCUCUCCCAGAACAACCACUGGACAGGAGUGGACCCAGCCACCGUCCACCCCGAGCUGAACGGGGCUUAUAGGUAUCCCCCCGGGGUGGUCAGUUUGCCAGCGGGGGGGCUCCCGCCUCCAGUUGAAGGCAUUGUGCCCAGCGCCAUGCCCAUCACACACACCCUCCCGCCCGCUGUCACACAUCCUCCCCAUGCUCCGUCUCCUGGACUAAACACAGUAAAGCCACCAGAGAGCGACAGAGAGCAGCAUCCGAAUGACCACCUGUAGCCACACGUACACCAACGCAAACACACACACACACACACACAGACACACACACACACACUUGCCCGCGUUGUCUGGCAACUGGAGGAGAGGUUAUCAGACGGAUUCAGAUCGACAGGAUGAGGUCCCCAAAAACAAUCGAAUCCCAACUCUCUGGCAAACGGUUCCCAGCAAGCCUUUUCACACUCCAGAGAGGAAGAAGAGGAGGAUGAGAGAAAGAGGAUCAGGAGUGGAUCACUUUCAAAUGUUCUAAUUUAAGAACGAGACAGUUUACCUCUGCCCCACACAAGUCCUAAAAAAAGACUGUGAAACUCGAGGUCCGCACAUUGAUCUUUCGAAUAGUUUCCUCUGACAGAAGUAAAUCAAAAAACAAAAAAAAACAACAACGGUCUCUUGGUUUGGAAAGAAAAAAAUACUAAAUCAAAUUCUGCUGUCUUAGACUGUAGUGUGUCCAAAGUUAGAGGAGCAUCUUUCAUGUCUUUUUCUGUCUUUUCCUUAGUUCGAUGUACAAGCAAAAGUAGUAGGUUAUGAAAUGAAUGUAACCUGUCUGUGUUUUGAGACUCGCGGCGAGAAGAUACUGAUAUUUGAAUUCCAGUCUUACACAGAAACAAGAGUUGUGUGACCUCUAUGUAGCCAAACUGGUUUGAGAAUACAAUAUCUGUCUGUUUGUUUUAUUUUAAAUGUCUCCCCAAAUUAACAAGCCCCCCCACCCCCCCAAAAAAAGAGGCAGCUUUUUGCACACCAGCUCAGGAAAUUAAGUUUCCGCAGUUGGUAUGUUGAUAUAUUUUUGUUUUCCAUUUUUAUGCCACUUAGUGCUUUUGUUUUUCUACCUGCUUGCCUUUUCGUGUCCCGCCACAUUAGAACAAGACCUUAAAUACGAGCUAAAGUCGAUCUGGUGUUUGCUUUUCUUUGUUUUGUUUAAGGGGGGCAUGUGAUUUUGCUCUCGGACUUGUGUUAAUGUUUGACCCAAGUUGAGGGGGUUGUGGGAAGAAAGGCUGCAGGACGGUGGCAAAAUGGUAUGCUUGGCUAGGGCGACUUCAUCUGCAGCAUAAUCGAGUGGUUUGUGUGAAUUACUGUUUGAUAGACAGGUCGUCCAUGAGGUGAAUUUCAUAACAUGUACUUGUCUUCGUCUUCUUCAUGUGCAAUGAUCCAGUACUUCCACCACCAGUCCCAGUAAUUGUCCAGCUCCUGGAGCGUGAACGGUCGAGCACACCAAGGUUUACAAAAGAUGCACAACAGCGAUGAUUAAGUGUGUUGCUUCUUGCUGCUAGAUAAAUAUUUUAUUGAGGUUGCCCUUUUAACUUUGUCUGACAAAAACAUUUGUAUUGCUUCCCAUUCAAAGUUAAAUCCACUUUGCAGAGGUCACACUCCGUUCGAGACAGUUGAGGAACAGUUGUGGGGGUGAAGUUUGGUCAAACCAAAUCUGUUCCUGUUUCUGUUGCCACGUUGAGCUUUUACAGAUAAAAAAUAAGUAAGAAACUGCUUCAUGGCUUGUCAUUUUAAACAGCUUUCUAAAAGAUGAACCUGCUUGUGCAAACAAAACA